AUGACGAGUUACUUCCAUGCCGGUGCCAGCAAUGGCUCGUCCCCAGCGCAGUCACCGCUAUCCCCGCCCACCCAGCGAUCUUCUGCCUUGUCCAACCGCCUGAGCUCCGUUCUCUCCGCGUCCUACGCCGACUCCGACAUCCGUGAUGCCCUCGAAACCUUGAGUGUACGACGAAUCCACAACUCCGCCGAGACGCGGCGACAGCUACGACUUGAUGUGCAGAAGGAGGUCGUCGAUUGCAAUGGGGAGAUUGUGCGGGACUUUGGGAAGGUAGCGGAGCAAUUGAGGCGAAUCGGCGGCGUUAUUACGACUUUGAACCAGACGUGUGACGAGAUGCGCAAACACAUCAGCUUAGCCAAGCAGGAUACGACCCCGGUGCUGGAAGAGGCCACUGCGCUCAUGGCACAGAAGAAGGACACCGAGACGAAGCAGCGGCUGCUGGACGCCUUCUCCAAGCACUUCAUAGUACCCGAAGAAGAUUUGAUGACCUUGACAUCGGCAGAAGAGCCCAUUGACGAACGCUUCUUCGACAUUCUUGCCCGCGUCAAACAAGUGCACCACGACUGUGAGCACCUUCUCGGCGGCGAGAACCAACGAUUAGGCUUGGAGGUCAUGGAACUGAGCACCAGACAUCUCAACUCUGCCUACCAGAAACUAUAUCGGUGGAUUCAGAAAGAGUUCCAGUCCUUGAACCUCGAGGACCCCCGGAUUAGUAGCUCGAUUCGUCGUGCUUUGCGGGUCUUGGCCGAGCGGCCGAGUCUUUUCCACAGCUGUCUGGAUUUCUUCGCAGAGGCGCGUGACUACGUGCUUUCUGAUGCAUUCCAUUAUGCACUGACAGAUGCUAUGUCUGGUGGUGCCGGAGCCGGCACUGGGGGUGAUCCCAGCGUGAAGCCGAUUGAAUUCUCAGCACAUGACCCCCUCCGAUAUAUUGGUGACAUGCUUGCCUGGGUGCAUUCGACUACUGUUUCGGAACGCGAAGCUCUAGAGGCGUUGUUCGUUGCGGAUGGCGAGGAGCUUGCACGGGGCAUUCAAGCUGGACUCAACAGUGAGCCCUGGGCUCGGAUCGAUGAGGAAGAAGAGGCCGUUUUCGAUGGCCGCAAAGCACUCAGUGACUUGGUCAAUCGGGACCUCACUGGAGUGUCUCGGUCGCUUCGUCAACGAGUUGAGCUGGUUAUCCAAGGCCACGAUGACCCUGUCACUUGCUACAAGGUCAUCAAUCUGUUAUCUUUCUACCGCACGACGUUUUCUAAACUGGUCGGUGUGCAGUCAAACCUGGUGGAUUUGAUGCAGGCCCUGGAAAAUUUUACAUUCGGUCAUUUUGAGACUUUGAUGCGGGAUCAAGUCAGCGCCCUUUCAGCUGAUCAAGGCGCCAUGAUCCCACCUGCAGAUUUGUCCCCUCCGGAGUUCUUAUUGGAUGCAUUGGAAGAAUUAAUGUCGCUCAUGAAGACAUACGAGGCUUCAGUUGGGCCAGAGGAGCCGACCGACGGCAACGAGAAUCGGUUUACACCCGUUCUCCGCGCCGCAUUUGAUCCUUUCUGGACACUGGCUUGGACUUCGUCCGACGAGCUCAAGGACUCCACCGCGCAGACUAUUUAUCGCACAAACAUCCUUCUCGCAGCCCGUGCCACUAUUUCGUCAUUUGCAUUCGCUAGCGAAACUCACAGCUCCGCCUUGUCCACAAACCUAUCUACACUGCGCACCAAUCUUCUCGAUAUCCAACACCAAUUCCUUCUCGAAACCUCGGGCCUGCAGGUCCUUUUGGAUGCCUUGGAGCCAUUCUCCAAGACAGGCAAGGAAGCAGAACUCGAUACUGAGACGGAGAAGACAGGGCAGCAGAAACCUCAACUCACGGAUCUAACAAACUUGCCCGCAUUCCAGCCCGACUCGUUGGUCAUGUCUAGUCAGCAACUGGACGACUUCCUCCCAUCUGCCCUUAUGGACGCCACAGACCAUCUCAAGCGUGUCCAGAGUGCAUCCCUUGUUCAAUCCGUCACAGAAGACGCUGUGGAGGCCUUCUGCCGCGACUUUGAGUUUAUCGAGGGCAUGAUCAUCGCCGCGGAUGAGGCCAGGGGCAUGACCCAGGUCAGUCUGGGGACUGGCGGUAGCGUGAUCAGUGGCCGGAGUGGCAAGUCGCCACGCAAGAAUGAAGAUGAUAAGGAUGACGAGGAAGAAGAAGAUGAGAAGGAAGACCAGUGGAGUCUGCGGUCUCUGUUCCCCCGAACCACUGGGGAGAUCCGCGUGCUGUUGAGUUAA